AUGCGCACUGUCACCAUCGCCCUUCUUUGCUUUCUCUUGCUAGUAGCCCUCGACAUCGGCCGCGUCGUCGCAUCAUCUGAGUUCUUUCCGCUUGUUGUUCGCAGCCUCCAAAUCGCCGUCUCAUACCUAUACUGGGAGAUUUGCUGGGAAGUCUACUAUCAGUGCACCCACAACUUCGAAGGAGUUCCCCUCUACCUCCGCUUCAUCACUUCUCAUCUGCGUCUACCUUACCUUCGCCCUAUACGCCCUCAUUCCGAGGCCGACCAAGACGACCUCCAUGAUCCUGCCGAAAAGGGACAAUCGCAAGAGACGAAGCUCCCUGUCACUCCCACCAUCGCUCACAUCACACCGCCGCCCGUCGCACUACCACCUGCCAAGCCAGCGCCUCCCUCAUACCCACCACCGUUCGAGUACCCCUUCACCAACUUCCGCGGCACCGGUGAGUCGUUCGCACACUCCGAUCGACGCAACCCGACACACUAUUCCGUUCUUCAACUGCCGACUUCUUGGGGCAAUACCCGUCGCAAAGAACGCGAUUACUGGCGGUCUGCACCUAGGCAACCAUCACCUGCCUAUAGGUCUACCGAGCACGAGAAGGUCGCCGCGGCACCUACCAUACCGAAGCCAGAAGUUCCUCAGUCCACUACCAGGUCGAAAACUACUAUCACGAAGGAUCACGUAGUCAUCGCGCCUGCCCAUAAGGUUGUCGAGCUACCUCCGAUAUACACUCUUACCCAACCCCCACCUACCCUCCCAUCAGCUCCCUCGAUCGACCCUCAGCUAAAGGCUUUGCGAGAUGUGGAGGAUAAGAAGCAUCUGGUUGUUGCUGAGAUGAAGUCCUUCCUAAGUACCAUCGGUACUGAUGCCGGAUGUGAGGCACCAGCUGCUCAAAUCUUGGCCUUGAUGGUUGCAGCGAAAAUGCACCUGAUGCCAUUCUUCCCAGGAGGGCUUUCUAGCCUUGACCGGGAUUUCUUCAUCUGGAAAGACGCAAUUGUCGAGUUCUGGUGCCGAUUUCGGCCAUAUGGGUGGGAGAUCCGAGAGGAUGAAGAUGGGAGGCUGCGAACAUUCCUUCAGCUGUACAGAGAUACUGCCAUCUGGUUGGGUUAUCGCCAAGCUAGCUCAGCCUCCCGCGUCAAGUACGCAAGAUCUCCAGCACCCAAGAUGGGGACGCUGUCCGCCAUCCCCACCACCACUGUGUACCUCCCCGCCCCCGUCAUCCCGACGGCUCCGCAGCCGCAAAAGGCACCGAGUACCUCCGCGCCUAUCCAACAGACACCUCCCCAGCAGCCGAUAGUGGCCCAAGGUGCAACAGCCCUCAUUGACUUCGGCAAUGAAGAUUGGUUCGGCCUGCCGGAUGAUCAGCUCAAAGAGCUCAAAUGGAGGUCAUUCAACUGGCCUAAUCAGCAGACCGCCAGCUUGAAGAUAUGGCACUUCAAUGUACUGGAGCUCACCCAGUUACCUACGCAGCACCCAGAGUUCAUCAUGGCCUCAUAUGUAAAGGCAGAACUUGAGAAAGCGGCACCCCUCCUCAAACGCGCUUCAGUCGCAGAUUGGGACUCUCGGGACGAAUGGUACAAAGCCUGCCAGUACCUCCAUGAGAAUGUCUUCAAAGACAAGAGGGUCUGGGCAUCGCUAUGCAAUCGUUACGACUCCGAUGACCCGGAUGAGAACGACAAGGAGGACAAGACUGGUCCUCUCAGGAGGUUGUGGGAGAAGAUGGCGCCGACAUGGCUUCCAGACAUCGCAAAGCCUUGA